UCAUAGAUUGUUCUUUUCAUUUUUUUUUGUUUUGUUUUCUUCUUUUGUUGCUUCUGGGUGGCUUUAUAUGUGGGGUUGAUGUGUGGAGAUUGUUCUGAUCGUGGCAAUUGAUGAAGUAGGCUCAACCGGACCUUGAAUUCUGAGUAGAUUAGGGCUGGAUUUAGUUUACUAAAUGGUUGAUUUGAAUCUCAGAAUUUCCGGGAUUCAACGAGAGACUGUUGUUCUCAAGGUCGGGAUGUCAUGUGAAGGGUGCGUUGGAGCCGUGAAAAGGGUUCUCGGUAAACUGGAAGGGGUUGAGUUGUAUGAUAUUGAUCUGAAGGAGCAAAAGGUGACCGUGAAGGGGAACGUCCAGCCCGAAGCCGUUCCUCAGAUGGUUUCAAAGACAGGAAAAAAGACGACCUUCUGGGAGGAAACUGAGGCUGCGUAAUAAUGGAAAAGCUGAGAUUGCCUUGUAAUAAUGUCCAUGUCAGUUCUAAGUAAAUCUAUUGAGAAGUUCGUUGGCUUUUCAUUGAUGAAUGUAAGGCGUGAUCUAUGAUGUGGUGAC